AUGUCAUACUCUGACGGCAGAAAUAUUUUGCAGGUGAAGUCAAAAUUUGAUUCGGAAUGGAGGAGGUUUUCGCUAACAGCCAAUAGUACAGAAGUGCAUUCGUAUGAGAAUUUUCGUUGCCUCGUUGAGAAAUUGCAUCAUCUAGAGAACGUGCCUUUCACAUUGUGUUAUAAUUCUGCUAGCGGAGAUCUGCUUCCAAUCACAAACGACGAGAAUCUACGUAAAUCUUUUGAAUCAGCUCGACCUACACUUCGCCUACUUAUUCAACGAAAAGGCGAGUCGUGGGAAGAAAAAUAUGGCUAUGGCACCGAUAGUGAUAGAAGAAGGAAAGGUUUAUCCGCAUUGAUACCAGUUCAAAAGAUUCCCAAAAGGAAUUAUUCAAUAUCAAACCCGGAAGAUUUUCGUCAGGUUUCUUCUAUUAUCGAUGUCGACAUUGUACCGGAAGCUCAUCGUCGGGUUCGUCUAUGUAAGCACGGAUCAGAUAGACCGCUUGGAUUUUACAUAAGAGAUGGCACAUCGGUGCGUGUAACGGAACGCGGUGUUGCAAAAGUACAAGGCAUUUUUAUAUCUCGCCUAGUCGACGGUGGUUUAGCUGAGUCAACCGGGCUUCUCGGUGUUAAUGAUGAGGUCCUUGAAGUGAAUGGAAUUUACGUGCAUGGCAAGACUCUUGAUCAGGUUACAGAUAUGAUGGUUGCAAACGCGCAUAAUCUGAUUAUAACCGGUGGGUUUUUUAUUCUUAAAACUUUGAUUUUGUUUUUGUCUUGCGGAACUUUCGUGACUUCUGAGAGAGCGAUGUUUCUAGUUGGAAUAGGAACUUUUAGACCCAGACAGAAUAUCAGUUAUCCUUUUGCCGUCCCACUGCAUAAAUAA